GCUGCCCGUCCCGCCCUCAGCGAGUGCCGCUUCCUCCCCGGUGCCCGAGCCCGGGCGCCGCGCCGCGCCGCCGAUGGAGCUGGAGGCGCAGUGGUGGACAGGACAGCUGGCGGCCGAUAUCCACCAAGCGCUUCGAUACAAGGAGCUGAAGCUGCCCUCUUACAAAGGCCAGUCUCCCCAGUUACACCUGAGAAGAUACUUUGCAGACCUGAUUGCCAUUGUGAGCAACAGGUUCAGGCUCUGUCCUGCUGCACGACAUCUGGCUGUGUAUCUGCUGGACCUCUUCAUGGACCGCUAUGACAUAUCCACACAGCAACUGCACGUGGUUGCUCUUUCCUGUUUACUUCUAGCAAGUAAAUUUGAAGAAAAGGAAGACAGUGUUCCCAAACUUGAACAGUUGAACAGCUUGGGUUGUAUGACUAACAUGAAUUUGGUACUAACAAAACAGAAUUUGCUUCAUAUGGAGUUGUUGUUGCUAGAAACAUUUCAGUGGAAUUUGUGCCUCCCAACUGCUGCUCAUUUCAUCGACUAUUAUCUUUCUAUUGCUGUCCAUGAGACUGAUCUUCAUGAUGGCUGGCCAAUGGUUUGCUUAGAGAAGACUAAGUUAUAUAUGGCAAAAUAUGCUGAUUACUUUCUGGAAGUAUCAUUGCAAGAUCAUGAAUUUUUAAAUUAUGCUCCUUCUUUAGUUGCUACUGCAUGUGUAGCUUCUUCAAGGAUUAUCUUGCGUCUCUCGCCCACAUGGCCUACGCGGCUGCAUCACCUGACUGCCUACUCCUGGGACUUCCUGGUGCCGUGUAUUGAGCGACUCUUAAUUGCGCACGAUAACGACGUGAAGGAAGCAAACAAGCAGAAAGGACAGCAGAGUCAGUCUGCCCAGCACACGGUGUUUCAGCCCCCAGCUCCAGGUGCCCAGCAGGCCAAUGCUCAGCAGCACGUCCCACAGUAUCUGCAGGCUCAUCAGUCUUCCUUACAGUUCCACCACCCAGCAUCACAGCAGCAAAGCUGCCAGCAGAUCUUAUCCACUCACACAGCCUCCUACCCACUCCAGACUUGCCCUGCUGCCUUACACACCAGUGCUCAGGCUCGAGGCCACGUCCAGACGGGCGCUGCCAUGUCGCUGGCUGUGCCACUGGAAGUGAAGCCGUGUAUAAGUGUCUCCUACAACCGGACAUAUCAAGUCAAUGGACGAUAUUCCUGUAUUACUCCCUGCUUUGAGAGGUGAUAAGUACAACAUAGUUUUGUGCUUGUUUGUUGGGGGCGGAGAGUUGUGUGGAAAAUUGUUUCAUUUUUUUGUUAAACCUCAAAAAAGUUUGAGGGCAAAAAAAUUGAAUAAAAAAAGGCGUCAUCCCAGAAAAAAAAGCAACUGGAUUGGCAGCUGGUACCACAGCUCAAAUAACAGCCUGCAAAACGUUAGCACACAGACCAUCGUCUGAAAAAGAAUCUGUAUGCUUGGGGAUAAUACGUUCUUACUCUGACACUCAGAAUAUUCUGCUUCUAAUGGGUGUCUAUGAAAUACUACUCAAAAGAAAAACAGCUGUGGACUAACUACAGACUUAUCUUUUAAUGAAGGAGAUAUGCAGUAUUAUUUUGAAGACAUUUAUGUCAUCCCACCGUACAGUAUUAACACUUACUUUAUGCAUACUGAAACUUAAGGAUCCCCUGAAUGCCAGACUUCUACAGGUACAUGGAGAUCACAGGAAGGAACAAAUCUCAUGUGGCCGACUCCAUAUUCUUGCCCCUUUUUCGCCACUUGUGUUGGUUAUUUGCUUUAGGCUAACACACGUGAAUUAGUUGGUAUUUUGGCUAUUUUUUAAAGUUUUGUAUCUUACAGGACACAAUCUGGUUUUGCCUCUUUUAUUCUCCCUGUCUUUUUUGCGUUUAAAGUAACUCUUUCAUACUAACUCAGGGACUUUUCUACUCAUUCCUCUGUGCUGCUGGUUUGUACACUAAUUGGGUAUAACUCGGGGAAGGAAGGCAGAGAGGGAAGACACUCCAGCAAGUGGAGUGGCUUUUCUUCAGGGCAUCUAUGCAGACUACCAAAGGGAUAUGCUACUGUUCACAGAAUGUAGAUGUGAACUACUACCCAGCAGUGUGAUAAUUGAAGAAAAGAGAACAUUUCAACUGAACUUGUACUGUACCAGAACAACUUCAGUGGCUGUGAUUCCUCUGUGUACAUACACACAAACACAUGAAUAUUAUUAACCAACAGAAAGCAUCCUCCAGUUGUACUGACAGUAUCAUCCCUACAGAAAAAGUACAGUUAAAAGCUGACAGAAAUCCAGUUCUGUCAGGUUUAUAGUGGAGGGAAAUUCUCAGGUAAUAAAGGGGCAACUUUUUCUUCUACAAUUUGGGAGUUCCAGAAGAAGAUGUAGAGAUUUGCUCUUCCAAGUGGGUGGAUCAAAAAUAUUUUGCAGAGUGAACUGCUUCAUCACGAGUAAGGUGCUAAUUAUAUAACUUUAUGGAAUUACAUUAUCUCCUGUGGAGUGGAUAGUCUGAGGGUAGAAAGCUUCAUCAUCCACCUCUUGGAUGAAAAUUAUGGUAGAGAUAUUAAUGGAGAUGGGUUUUGGGGUCCUUUGUGUGUUUGUUGGGGGAUUUUUUGGGGUGUUUUGUUUUUUUAAUACAAGAAGAUAUCAGACUUUCUCCUGUGGUAGAAUAUGGGAGGAAGUGGUAUGAAUGACAGGAUUCUUACUACUUUAAAGUAUCUUUAUAUAUGCGCUUAAGGCUUUUCUUGGUCAUUUCAUUUGUUCUUUUACCAUCUUCUCCCCUGUCUUAGUGGCAGCACUUAAAAUCGUGUACCAUCAAAUGACACUGAAUUAUUGUGACUCUUAUGGAAACUGUUUGGAAAGCAGGGGCAAUUAAAUUAUCAAUAUGAAGAUGAAGGCUAUCACCAUAAUGUUCAGAAUGAAGGGAGAACAGCUCUGUGUUCAUUCUUUCUGGGGCUAAAUUAUAACAUGCUACAAAAACCUAUUUAUUGUUGAGGAGAAAAAGUCCUGUUUCUUUUGUUUCGUCUUUUAAAUCCCAAUUUUUGUUGUGGGCUUUUGUAGCAUAGAUGUGCAAGUCAAGAAGAAUAGGAGGGUGAAUGGAAAAGAUGACCCUCUCCCUUUUAUCUUAGAGAUUCAACUUUGAAAUAGGCAUAGUGUGGUCAAUUCCUUAUUAGAAUGCAAGUUGGUUUCGUUUUUUCCCCUCUCCUCUCUUCAUCUCUUAAUGAAUAUUUCCCUGUGUCUGAGAGUAGUGUUAAGUAGAAAUUUUCCACCUCAUAAGAUGCCAUGCUUUUUACUCAGCACUGUUACCCAUUUUAGAGGGAAAUGGACUUCUUUCUGCUGGUUUUGUUUUCUUGCAAUGCUGUAUCAAAGUCCUCAGUGCUCUAACUACCUCUGAUGCUAUGAAUGUACAUUCUUGUAAUAGACCAUGACUUGAAAUAA